AUGCCUGGAUCUAUCUACAACAAUUUAUACACGAACUUUAUCCGUUCUGGGUUCACCAAAUCUUUCACCCACGGCUACGCACAGUCUGUCGUAGCUGCUACCCACCCUCAUGUUCUAAACUCCCAGAACCGGCCGUCCUUUGCGGCCCGGAAACGCCAGUCCACAAAUCGCCUCAGUCGUCUGCAGCAGCUUCAGAGCGCCUUCCAUACCAGCGCCCACCAGUCCUCCAGCCUCCCGACCGAGCAUCGGCACGAGAAGCUCGCCAACAACCAUGGAGGGCUAGACGCCUACUUCGAGAACCUCCAGAAGAAGCAGUCCGCCGAGGACGAGGAGGAGAAUGAGUGGGUCCAGUACCGCUUCCAGGACAAGAUCGAGUGGAAGCCCUCGCCGGCAUCCAUUCUACUUGGUUCUGAGGCGCGGACACUUGAGGCGAAGGAGGCUGAUGAAGAUGGCGUCAGCGAGUCUGCUUUCUCGGAAGAGGAGCAGGCCGCCCUCGCCCACAUCGAUGCUGCCCUUGCCAAGGAGAUUGAGGCCAGGCAGCAUCUAGCUGGCGAGGAUGUCGGCGCAUCGACGUCUGCCCCUGAAAAGGCCGCUGAGCCUCUCUCGCCGGCAAGCGUCGCCCGUUCCGUCACACCACCGGUUGAUCCACAAUCCCAGAGCUACGCGGACCACCUCACUAAGCUCUCCGAGACGGGACGAUAUGCCGAAAUCCCAGCUGUCUUCGAGGCCAUGUUGGUGGCCAGCAUCCAGCCCUUGGCCACCUCCUACAAUGCCCUUCUCAUGGCCGCCAUUCAUCUUCCGGCCGAGAAGAUUGAAAUUGUCUCCAAGGCACUGGACGUUUACACCGACAUGAUGCGCCGAAAGGUUUCCCCGGACAGCGAUACGUACAACAUCCUGGUCGGUCUGCUGGCCGCCCGGUCACUCGAGGUCUCCUCCUUGAAGAAGAGGCUCGAGGACAAGCGCGCUCGGUAUGGCGGCAUGGACGAGCCUGGCAAGUUCAUGUUCGCAUCUUCCGAACUCGAGCACGCAAUUCUCUCCGAGGAUGACCGGCUGUAUUUGGCCAUUAAGCUGUUCAAGAACUCCGUUGCUUGCCAGCGGGAUUUGUUCUCGCCAGAGACUUACCACCAGCUGAUCUCGGCAUGCGCUCAGUCUGGUCGCGUCUCCGACAUGCUCCACCUCUACGAGCACAUGGAGACUAACAAGGCUACGCCAUUCGCUGCGACAUUCCCGGCGAUGAUCACCGCCUUUGCUAACUGUGGAGACCUGGUCAGCGCUGUAGAGUGCUAUAGCGAAUACCGGACCCUUGCCAUCGCCAACGACAACGGCGAGGCCACCCUCAACGACCGUCUCGAUGCUCAGGUCUAUGCAGCAGUCAUCAACGCCUACAUUGUCUCAGACAAGCUCGAAGGUGCCAUGAAAUUCUACAAGAAGAUCGUGCACGAGUAUGGCGUACGGGCCGCGAGCAUCAAAGAUGCUAUCAUUAGCCUUGGUUUCGUGAAGGGUUUGGUUCAUCGCGGCAUUUACCAAGAAGCUCUCCGAUGGGCUCAGGCUAUCGAGGACGAGUCACGGGCCCAGUCCAUGGCCGAGCUUACGGUGUCUUCGGCGGACAAUGGCGACAAGCUCACAGCCAUCGCCGCGUUUGCGAACAUUCCCAUCACCUUCAACGACAUCGCCACCCCAGCAACGGCCCUUUUGGCACUAAGCAUUCGUGGUGGUGAGGUGAUGGAAGCAUGGCGAUAUUGGCAGAUCCUCAGCAGCCCUGAGACUGCCGUUAAUGCUUCCUUCAUUGAGCCUACUGCCAUGUUCGCCGUCGCAUUGAUCGGCUCUGGACAGGUUGUCGAAGGUCUGAACGAGGCCGAGGCGAUGUUCCACCGGAUCCGCUCGUCCAACCCGGACGAUGCGCACCUGGCAGCCGAGGUCGAGGAGGGUAUGGACUUUGUCUCGCGCUACAUGACUUCUCGGGGCAUCACCGAUCCCCGAGAGUUGGCGGCUUCUCAGACUAGUGCUCCCUCACCAUACCAGUCAACACCUUCCGUCUCAAGUUACGAAGACACGUUCGACCCAUACGCCCAUAACACCGAUUUCAAAGGCUCGUCGCUCAUAUCCGACGAGCUAGAAGGUGCUCACGGCCGCAAGGGCCCUAAGCUGAACGAUGCGCUUGCCCGAUUCCGCAACAUGCGUCGAGCUGGCCGCCACCCUCGGUACAUCACCUACGCCAAGCUCAUCUCUGCCGCCGCCCGUGACGGCAAGAUGGAGACGUGCAACGAUAUCCUCAACAUGGCUCGCACUGAUGUUCCAUUGCUACCUCAGUAUGCCGUUGUUCGUUAUGGAUGGUCAUCAAUCCUGGACUCGAUGGUGGGUGCUUGCCUCAGCCUCGGCUACAGAGGCCAGGCCGAGCAGUACCACCAGGAGCUAUUGGACAUGGGCGCCACUCCGUCGGCCAACACCUUCGGCUUGUACAUUACCACGCUCAAGGAGUCUACCAAGACCUUUGAUGAGGCCUCCGAGGCGGUGAAGAUCUUCCACCGCGCCAAGGCUGAGGGCGUCGAGCCGAGUUCCUUCCUCUACAAUGCUCUCAUUGGCAAGCUGGGCAAGGCUCGCCGUAUCGACGACUGUCUGUUCUUCUUCGCUGAGAUGCGCGCCCUUGGUAUCAAGCCAACCUCCGUCACAUACGGCACCAUUGUCAACGCCCUCUGCCGAGUGUCUGACGUGAAGUUCGCCGAGGAGCUCUUCGAUGAGAUGGAGGCCAUGCCAAACUACAAAGCUCGGCCUGCACCUUACAACAGCAUGAUGCAGUUCUUCCUGACCACCAAGCGCGACAAGUCCAAGGUCCUGGCAUACUACGCGCGCAUGAAGGCAAGGGGAAUUUCGCCAACCGCCCACACUUACAAGCUGCUCGUUGACACGCACGCGACUCUUGAGCCUGUGGAUAUGCAGGCUGCUGAAUCUGUUCUGGACAGCAUUCGCGCUAGCGGUGGCAAGCCUGAGCCGGUGCACUUUGCCUCGUUGAUCCACGCCCGUGGUUGCGUUCUCCAUGACAUGGCCGCAGCCCGGAAAACCUUCGACCAAAUUAUCAACGACCGCAGUAUCACCGCGACGGCAUCCCUCUUCCAGGCAUUGUUCGAGAGUAUGGUGGCCAACCACUGUGUUGCUGACACUGAACCACUUCUCAUGGAGAUGCGCCGGCGGAAAGUCGAGCUGACUCCUUAUAUCGCGAACACUCUGAUCCAUGGAUGGGCUUCUGAGGGCAACAUCGCGCGUGCCGAGGAUAUCUAUGGCGCCGUUGGACGUGACCGCCGCGAGCCGAGCACGUACGAAGCAAUGACUCGCGCAUAUCUCGCUGUUGAAGACAGGGAGAAGGCGAGAUAUAUCGUGUCAGAGAUGAUGGGACGGGGUUACCCCAGUGCCGUCGUCGGGAAGGUGGUGGAGCUCGUAGGUGGUGGCGAGCACGAGGCUGCAGCUGUUUAA